UAUUGACUAAAGAAAUAAGAGUGGAAGUGGAGGAGUGUACCGGAUGCAUGUAAAUAUCCACGUCAACAAAAAGUAUAUUAAUGAAACAGUUAUAAGGACCAGGAGUAGCGUGAAUAUAGUCAUUGUUGGCGCCGGUUAAUGUGGAAUUGAAAGGCUGCUCAACACGGUGGUGUUUUUAGGCUAGUGUAAACAAUGACUUCCCUGACACAGAGAAACUCGGGCCUGGUGCAGAGACGGACCGAGGCCUCGCGUACCGCCGCGGAUAAGGAGAGGGGCCCCGGGGAGGAUGAGUACGACUCCCGCCGCGGAGAGGAAGAGGAGGAGGACGACAAGGGAGACUCCAAAGAAACACGACUAACUUUGAUGGAAGAGGUGCUGCUGCUCGGACUGAAGGAUCGAGAGGGUUACACAUCGUUUUGGAAUGAUUGCAUUUCAUCAGGACUGAGAGGUUGUAUGCUUAUUGAGCUGGCGUUAAGAGGACGUCUGCAAUUGGAGGCAUCUGGAAUGAGGAGGAAAAGCCUGUUGACCAGAAAGGUUUUAUGUAAAUCUGACACCCCCACUGGAGACAUGUUGCUGGACGAGGCAUUGAAACAUAUUAAAGAGACCCAGCCACCAGAGACAGUCCAGAGCUGGAUUGAAUUGCUAAGUGGUGAAACAUGGAAUCCGUUGAAGCUGCACUACCAGUUGCGAAAUGUGCGAGAGCGCUUGGCUAAGAACUUGGUGGAAAAGGGCGUUCUCACCACUGAGAAACAAAACUUCCUGCUUUUUGACAUGACCACCCACCCGCUCACCAACAACACAAUCAAGCAGCGGCUGGUGCGCAAGGUCCAGGAAGCUGUCCUGGAGAAAUGGGUCAACGAGCCCCAACGAAUGGAUAAGCGCCUGCUGGCUCUGCUGUUCCUUGCACAUUCCUCUGAUGUUCUAGAAAAUGCCUUUGCUCCUCUUCUGGAUGACCAGUACGAUCUGGCCAUGAAGAGGGUGCGGUUGCUUCUGGAUCUCGACCCCGAGGGAGAGGCUGCCAAGUCAGGUGCCAACGAGCUGGUUUGGGCGGUGGUGGCUGCUUUCACCAAAUGAACCUCCAGAGUAGAGAGAUAAAGGGACUCAACUUUGUGCUCAUGGCAUUGAACUCUGACCACUGGCCCCAAGCUUGGUUAAUUAGGUAUAAAAUUGGUGAUGGUAAUGAUGGAAAUACAAAUUAUAAAGGAGAUUAUGAUGAUGCUGAUUGCAAUGAGGACUCAUUGGAAUGGACAGCUUUUUCUCAUAGUCACGGAUUUGUCUUUGACCUUCAUAAAGAUGUUGCUGUCUUUUACAUGGCCAAUAGUUUCUACAUGAUUGCAAUUCACUGUGAGGCUUCUUGUAGUUCAUGCACUUAGAUCAUAAACAGAGUUCAUGUAAGAACAACACUGAGCAUGUUGAAGGAGGCGGUUUGUAAAGAGUCUUUUGGCCCUGUACUUGACCAUGCCACGACUCUAAUUGUAAUGCAGAUCCUGAUAGAAUUCUACAAUAAUCUAACUCUCCAUUUAUCUUUGAAUAAGGAGAUCAGCCACUACUUAAGAAUAGCCAAGCAUGAUGAUCCGUGGCCUCUCCUUGACAUGGUUAAGAAAUGAAAAGAUCCUGUUUCACUGGCUUUUCCAUAUUCAACAGGAAAUGUUCUGUGACCCUUUUGCUACCUGAAAUGGGGAAGAUCUUGAGUUGAAAGCAAAUAAAUAAUUUCACAUUUCAAAACACUGAAAUGAAAGCAUCCGUUUGUCUCCAGAGGUUUUAUCAUGAACGCUUCCUUGCAAGUAUUCUUUUCAGAAUUUAUUUCCACUCUUCAAGAAUACUCAAAGAAAACAAUGUUCUAAUGUGUGCUAAUAUUACCAGUUUUAAUUCAAAGACAUUUGCCUGGUGUUUCAUGUAUAGAAUAACUAUAACUUCAAAGCAUUGAUCGAUUGACACUGAUAGCCUUUUUGUUCUGUCCAACUUAUCAGGAAAUCCAGUUCAUCUCUUCAGUGUGGAUCAUGUUGCGAAUGCUAUUGGGUUUCUUACUAGUUUGUGACAAUUUGUGGCUGUGGUAUGUGGGUGUGUAAGUAGCCAUUCACAUCGAAAUAAAUUUUGACCGUAUGUGCUUGUUUUUUAAUUGUUUUUCUCUGUAAACAUGCGCUAGACGGACUUCAUUGACCAUUGCACCUCGUCCCACUGUUUUGUAGCACAUCAUGUUGGGAGCACCACGUUUUAGACACCGUGUCAAGUUAGAACUUCAGCUUUUAAAAACACGUCUCAAGACACCUGCGUUCUGCUCUAUUCGUAGCGUUUUAGUGCAAGAACGUGUUCAUUCUUAACGGCUCCUAAAUGCUGAGACAUUCUCUUUGCAAGUACGUGAAUACAGAGGCUUCUAGCAAUGCAAGCUUGAUUUCGUGUGUAGUUGCGUUCCAAAAAUGUGUUAGAGUGCAAUCAUAACAUAAUGAAAUUAUGCUCAGACUUUUGAAGGUAACUCUAACGCCUCCUUGAGAACUGAGGUUUGUUCCCGCCACAGUAAAACAAGAAUGCACGUUAAGCUUGUUUAGCCAGACUGAAUUCUGACAAUGCGGUGGCAAAGCGCUCGCAUCUGCAUUCACAUACUCGCGUAAAGUAUGUUUUGGCCUUAAUACGCCACAAGGCAACAUUGCACUCUCUUAUAUUUUGUAAGCCCAACUUCAAGAUAUCAGUUGCGUUAUAAGUCUUGUUUAUUUUUCAAGAAUUGCAAGUCAAACAUUAUUAGAGCUUGCAGUGACCCAACGUAAUGGAAGGCUUGUGUUAUUGAAGCCUUUCUGUUUUUGCCACUACAUUUAUGUAACUGUCUCUUAACACACACAUGGUUUUGUUCAUGUCAUAAUCUCUUCUCCUCUCUCUCUCUCUCUAUUUCCAGUUUGUAUACUAUGAUUUUAAUCAAUUUAUUUUGUUCCUUCCUUUAACUAUUAUUAGCUCAAUAUUACAUGGAGUCGUCAGCCAUGUUUUGCCAUGUCUGGUGUUUUUUUGGUUGUCUCUUGUCCUGAAAGAGGAUGGGUAAAGAAUGGGAUAGGGACAUGCCCUUGACCAUGUUGACUACUGUUAGUAAACGAUACUUAAAGAACUGUAGAGAGAUGUGGAAUGGAUGCCCUGAUUUGUACAUGUGCUUUUUACCAUAUAAUAAAGAAAUAUCUAAGUGCCUGG